AUGGCGACGGCGAGUUUGGCGGAUGUGAAGAUGGAGGAAGAGGAGGAGAUGGUGGUUGACUGCAUUGACCAGGAUGAACUGAAAGGGGCGGGGUUUUCAAAUCUAAACAAUAAUCUGAUCUUCGAGGUGUUCAAGCACGUGGACGCGCGGACGUUGGGGAUGGCGUCGUGCAUGACUGUGGGAGGGUUUUUAACCCAAUGUGGGUGGAACUUCAUCCUUGAGGGCAUUUGGGCGAGAGUGCAGAUGCUUUGUUGGCCUCAGCUGGCAGAACAACAGGUUACUAGUAUAUGGAUUGGUGAGGUUUGGAGGAUUGGAAUUGAUAUGAAGGAUACGUGUGAGAGAUCCAUAGUGGAGGAGAUGAUAAGGAGAUUGAUGGAAGAAGGUGAUGAAAGAAAGGAAAUUUUGAGGUCGGUGGAAAGAUUUUCGAAGUUAGCCAGGGUUGCUAUUAGUGAAAGUGGGUCUUCAUACGACAACCUGGACAAACUUAUUCAAGACUUGAGAAACUUGUGA